AUGCCUGCGAUACUUGCCUUUUCUAUUGAAAAGCCCCCAUGGCUCAAUCUAAAAUUAUAUGAUGGGUCGGUCACAUCACUGAAUUGGACGGUUCAGACCUACGCAUUUUCACUCUCUGUUUCUCCCGUGUUUUAUCUACUACUUCAACCCGGCACUCUCAGCGAUAAUGGCAAUAAUAUCGUACCAAAAAGUCAAUUUAUUACAUCACAUACCUUCAACAUAACCUCCACGACAUCAAUCACGGAAAGCGAUAAGAAAGACCACAAACUGGGACUUAUACUCGCUCUAUCCCUCACCAUUCCCUUCGUUCUUAUAUGUAUUUCUCUAGCAAUAUACUUCAUUCACUCACGACGACGGCGUGCUCUCGAAAACCCUCCUCAUUAUCAAUACCCUUAUCAUGUUGGAUUUCGACAAAGCCGGAAUCCAUUCUUUACUGCGAAUAGCUCUCCUACAUCUACCUUUCCAAAAGAUAACUCUCCUCGAGAUCGACAAAGACAAGGUAGUAAAACCAUCAACAAUGGCAUAUACUUCCCACCUCCUCCGACCACUCCAAAAUCUCCUCUAUCAUUUACCUCUAGUCUCAAGAGUCUACGCGGCCGUAAAGGGAACAAAACCAGUUCCGGUAACAACAAAACUCAUAUUCAACACCCCAAUCCAACUUAUGCCUCUUACCCCCUCAGCCCCAACGGAUACCAUCAAUCUAACUACCUAUCACCCACAUAUCACCCUCUGCAAAGAAUGGCAUCUCUCACCUCCACAGAUGCAGGAAAUCCGCACAUUCAACAAUUACAAGAAGCACAACAAGAACUUGCUACGCAGCGUCAAAGACAGGCGUCAAGAAUGGAGUACCAACCUCCAGAAAUAAGUCCAUAUGAUGAACCUCGAGUUGGACCCAACCACGGCGAUCAGAAAUGGGUCAUUAAACCCUAUAUGUCACCGGAGAUGCCAUCGGCUGUCAAAAAGAGAUAUCAUGAAGAACAGGCUGAGGCAAGGAUUACGAGGGGAAAACACAAUUAUGAUGAGCCGGAUGAACUGUGGUAG